GAUGCUCGGGGAACACUCUGCACUGUUGUUCAAAUUUUUUUAUGACGCAGUGGGGUUACCAUCACCGUGUUGAAAGCGCUCAUUUUUGCUCCCCUUCUUUGUAGCUCUUUUUUUUUCCCCACCGCCUGCUUAAAAUGCGAAGCGAAAAUGUGCUGGCGCAGAACUGUGACAUGCUGGACACAGUAGGCAGCCAGUUGGAAGAAAUUUUAAAAAACUUGGAAAAUGUGUUAGCCCAUCUGGACCCCCUAAACAAUUAUGAAGCGAAGGAAGAUUCCAUGUUUUCCAAUUUGAAUGACCAACAGAAUGAAAUUAUUAUCUUGUCGAACGUGAUAUAUGAGAACAUUAACAAGCUUACUUCUAUGCUGCACGAUUUUAUUAAUACCAUCCCUCCUUCGUACACAUACCACACGACUUUCCACUCAAACAGAUUUGUUAUCUUCUGGGAGAAUAGAAAGAAGGGGAAAAAAAGACAAGAUGAGAAGGUGCCCUUGGAUAAUGCUCAGAAAGGUGCCAAGCCACGGGGGGAAACAGCAAAGAGGGACGCAGCGGAGACGCAACAUGACGAUGGGAUGGCGAAAGAUACCCAAUCGGAAAUUAAAAAAAACGAAGGUACCGACCCAAAUGAUCAACAGUGUACAGAAUUAGCUAGCCAGCCUCCCCCCCCGGCUCAGGUCAAAUCGAUCGACAAAAAAAUAUUCAAACCGCUGCAGAUAUUCCAAAAAAAACCGAUUGAGGAAUUUUUUUACUUUUCGCACACAGUCGAUUUGGAGUACGCUAAUUUGUUAUACAUGCAAAGGUAUGAACAGGAGCUUCAAAAGUAUUUAAUUAAGGUGAAGUAGGAGCACCUCCAUGGCAGUUUAUCAUUCCGCUUCUGCACCCC